AUGACCCCUUCUGGCGACGCAAAGAAGGCUGCCGGCAAAGAUGUGGGGGACAUCAUGGGCCAAGAGAAUGUCGCCCCCAAGAGCCAGCCAGCCCGCCAACCCAGCAAACAGCAAGUACGCCAUCGCGCUUCUGUCGCUUGUGCCUCAUGUCGUGACCGAAGAAUCCGAUGCGUAGUUCCGAAGGACCAAACCACGUGCACAGCAUGUCAGAAGACGGGCGCCGAAUGCAUCAUCAAGAACGAUGACGAGAGGAGACGGCCUAUCUCCAAGGCAUACAUGUCCUCUCUAUCAGACCGAAUUUCCAUGCUAGAGGGCAUGCUGCUGGAAAAGGGGGUUGUGCCGCCUCCUGCGUCUCAUCCCCCCAAAUCAAGGCACGAGCCUUCAGGUGGGCAACCAGAAGACACUGUCCCGGCGGCGAGCAACCAAAGCUCGCUACCAAAGCCAGAGAGGGCGUCACCAUGGCACAGCAUUCCUUCACCAUCAGACUCCCGCAAUGAAGACUACAUGGCUGCUGGAAGUGACCACGAUGACGGAAAUCUAUCGACUAUCAUCAAAGAGGAGUCACCGAUACGGAUCCUGGACCCACAGCAGGAAGACAUCAUUCACCGUCUGCUCUCUACCAAGGGGAAUCUGUCUUUCGAUCAAAUAUCUGGAGGACUACGCUUCUUUGGUCCCACCGCCAACAGCCACGUGUAUGCUGGGUCCUCAGAUCAUUAUGAUACUCGUGAGCCUCCAGAGCAGGUCCGACAAGCAGAAGGCAUCAUCCGAUCUCUGGAUCCUGAAACGCAUGAUUACCUCGUCGAUCAUUUCUUCCAAUACUAUAAUUCAGCGAUCCAGAUCAUCGACCGAGAGGCUUUCGAGGCUGACCGCCAGUCUCCGUAUCCCAAGUUCUACUCUCACUUCCUUCAUGUUACCAUUCUGGCGAUGGGUUACCGAUCAGCCGAUAUGGACCGAGAAGACAUGCGCAGGAUUACUUUGAGGCGAAGGGAGAGCACCCUCCACCGGGAGGCAAAAGCAAUGCUUGACAGUGAGCUGGAGCGGCCUGGAGGUAUCCCCAGUGUUCAAGCACUUUUGCUUCUUGGCGACCUAGAGUGUGGUGUUGGCAGGGACAACACCGGCUGGAUGUAUUCAGGAAUGGCAAAUCGCCUUGCCUUUGAUAUUGGCCUACAUCUCGACUGCACAAGCAAGAUGUCUGAGCAGGAUACCAAGAUUCGGAACAUGGCUAUGCAAGCCUGCGUUAUCUAUGACAGAUACUGGGGUCUCUUUCUUGGAAGGCCUUUGGCCAUCAAGAGCCAAGACGUUGAUCUCUUGUCCAACCGCUUUUCUCAACUUAUAUCCAUCGGCCUCGAUCCGCCUAAGCAAGACAUGACCUCGGAGAUCUACGAGCAACUGAUCGAGUUGAUGGAGCUAGCAGGACGGAUCGUCGAGAUAAGAGACCUGACAGGCUCGAGCCGAGGCUCAAGUGCAGGCGAGGCGGAGGAGAAUCGGUACCUGCAAGUCGUCAAUCUUGAUAGACAACUCCAAAACUGGUACCGAAGACUUCCGGAACGCCUUUCUUGGAAACCAAGCAACCUCAAAACAGCGCCUUACAGCUUCUUCCUCCUUCACCAGCAGUACCAUGUUACUAUGAUUCUCCUUCAUCAACCAUGGGCCAAGUACGGCUCCAUCACUGGGGAUGGCGCUAGCACGGGAUCGCAUUCAAGUCCAAAGAGUGACCACACGGCCAGCACUGACGAUUUUGGGCAUCAUCUGGGGUCUAUAGUUGCUGAUGCUUCCUUGGGUAUCGGUUGUACUCCGAGGCUCGGCAACGAGAGCCGUACCUCGUUGUCUCGCAGCAUCUGUACCCAGCAGGCAAUCCGUGUGGCUCGCAUCUUCUGGCAGCACCGCCAGAGGUUCGAUGGGCGCAAGAUCUUUGUGACAGGGAUGCAGCAUGCCGGAGCCGCAGCCAUUGCGUUGAUUGCAGCCCUCACCUACCAGCGGAAUGAGCCGGACCGCCGGACAUACGUAGGCUAUCUAGAGAUUCUAUCCGAUGCAGUUGGCGACAUGAGUUACGCAUACCAUCCGGCCAGCAGGAUGGACAAUCUUCUCAAAGCCGUGCUUGAUCAGAUCAGAAACAGCAUGGCCGAGUCAGCUCAAUCUCCCAAGGACAGUACAAGCUAUAAAAGCGCCAGCAGUGUUGCUGAUAGUGGCACAAGUGGCUUCUCUAUUCCGAGCGACUUGCCCUCCUCUACGAUUCCGUUGAGACGGGAAGCUGCAGACCCCGAGCUUGGCAAACCAGUCAAAAAGAGGCGACCAACAAAUAGUAGGGAAUCUUCAGAGUAUGCUCCCCCGCGGCCACCAUACUCCGCCGUUUCAACUCAGCCACCACCCAAGGCCGACAAGGUGCAGAGUUUCUCCUAUGGGCCCACUCAGCAGCACCAACCGCAGUUCGACUCACUACUAUUCUCCAUGGGCAUGAACGAUCCAUCUGGGCAGUUGGAUCUGGGCUUUGUCGGUGGCGCUGCAAUCGACAUGGGCCCCAAUGGUGAUGCCUCGGGUGGCUUGUUGGGAAGACCGGGAGCCAUGGAUCUUGGCAUCCCUUCCUCGAAUAGCUGGAACUUGAGCACGAUGCAACAUGCUCAAGGUUUGGUUUCCUACGAUACUCCAAUCGACUGGACUUCAGGAACAGCAGGGCUCAGUGCCAGUUCAGUGUUGAAUCAAAGCGCAGCCCUCUCAAGUGGCAUCAUGUCGGGGGCUCCCGCAUUUGGCUCAAUUAAAGAUGAGGGUAGAUCAGCCAGUGACAGGAAAGGCGUGGAUGCAAUGGGAAUGAAAAUGUCCACCAUAGAUACCAGUUGGAUGGGUGGUGGUGAUAUGAGUUCAGCAAGCCCUGCAGGGUUGGGCAAUUUGGUCCAGAAUGCAAACAAGACAUCACAAGGUGAUGAUGGAAGCCAAAGGAACCACUCUUUGGACUUUUUCAGCUUUUCAUAG